UCUUUCUUCUCAUCAACCGCCGCCUGCAUUCUCUUUCUCUCUCUAAAACCUCUAAAUUUUGGAGAGAGAGAGUCCAAUCCAUGGCCCUUACCAACGCCUCCUCCCUCUCCUCCUCCGCUUCUCUCUCUGGCGGCUCUGGCGCCGGCGGAUCUCUUCUCAUCCACCGCCGGAACCACCGUCUGCCUUCGCUCCCUUUCCAUCCCGCGACCACCGCCAAGCCGAGGUCUUUGAGCCUCAUCAGAGCAGUCCACGCGGCGGAGCCCGCAAAAGAUGCCGUUUCUGUCAAGGAAUCCGCCGUCGCGCCGUCGUUUGGUACCGGUAAAUGGGCGUUGGACAGUUGGAAAUCUAGGAAGGCGCUGCAACUUCCGGAGUAUCCCGACGCGAAUGAGCUCGACUCUGUGUUGAAGACGAUCGAGGCGUUCCCUCCGGUCGUGUUCGCUGGAGAGGCCAGGAAUCUGGAGGAGAGGUUGGCGGACGCCGCCUUUGGAAAGGCGUUCCUUCUUCAGGGAGGGGAUUGUGCGGAGAGUUUCAAGGAGUUCAACGCCACCAAUAUCAGGGACACAUUUAGGGUUCUGCUUCAAAUGAGCAUUGUGCUUACAUUCGGUGGCCAAGUGCCGGUGAUCAAGGUGGGAAGAAUGGCGGGUCAAUUCGCCAAACCUAGAUCCGAUCCAAUGGAGGAGAAGGAUGGAGUGAAAUUGCCCAGUUACAAGGGAGACAACAUCAAUGGUGAUACUUUUGAUGAGAAGUCCAGAAUUCCUGACCCCCAUAGGAUGAUUCGGGCUUACACUCAAUCUGCUGCGACUCUGAAUCUUCUUAGAGCCUUCGCCACUGGAGGGUACGCCGCAAUUCAAAGAGUAACACAGUGGAACCUUGAUUUCGUCGACCACAGCGAACAAGCAGACAGGUACCAGGAAUUAGCCAACAGGGUUGAUGAAGCCUUGGGAUUUAUGUCUGCUUGUGGACUGACUGUCGACCAUCCGGUCAUGACAACGACUGAUUUCUGGACUUCACAUGAGUGUUUGCUUCUGCCUUACGAGCAGGCGCUCACCAGGUUGGAUUCAACAUCUGGCCUGUACUAUGAUUGCUCUGCUCACAUGUUAUGGUGUGGGGAGCGUACUCGGCAACUGGAUGGUGCUCAUGUGGAGUUUCUCAGGGGGAUAGCUAAUCCUCUGGGCAUUAAGGUGAGUAAUAAGAUGGAUCCGAAUGAGCUGGUGAAGCUGGUGGAGAUCCUGAAUCCGAACAACAAGCCGGGAAGGAUAACAGUGAUAGUGAGAAUGGGAGCGGAGAAUAUGAGGGUGAAGCUGCCGCAUUUGAUCAGAGCAGUAAGAAGUGCAGGGCAGGUGGUGACAUGGGUCUGCGACCCCAUGCACGGAAACACCAUCAAAGCUCCUUGUGGACUCAAAACUCGUGCCUUUGAUUCCAUCCUGGCUGAGGUGAGAGCAUUCCUGGAUGUGCAUGAGAAAGAAGGAAGUCACGCGGGGGGAAUCCAUCUGGAGAUGACGGGGCAGAACGUGACGGAAUGCAUAGGAGGAUCUCGUACUGUUACCUUUGAUGAUCUCGGUUCUCGCUACCACACCCACUGCGACCCUCGCCUCAACGCCUCUCAGUCCCUUGAGCUUGCCUUUAUCGUCGCAGAUCGCCUCCGUAAGAGAAGAACUUCUACCCGACACCUUUCUUGAAUUAUCUUGUCAUUUCUUUUUAAUUUGCGUCGUUAACAAAAUGGAUCUGUAGGAGGAUGAUGAUUGGGCAGUGUUGUUGUCCAUUCCAUGGUAAUAGCAGAGACUUAGUGUGAGUUUGUACACCUACUCUCUCUCUCUCUCUUUCUGCAAUCCCUGUAUCCUUCUAAUAAACAAGCCUCUUUUGCUGGAUAUUAACAUCUUUUGCCCGUGGAUGAA